AUGUACCACAACAGCACCCAGAAGAAGCACUGGACCUUCCCCAGUGAGGAGGCAGUACAGCGACUCCGGACACAGGCUAAUAGUCGGUGUCGGGCCCGGAUACGAGCGACAGGACAGGCACACUUGGGUGAAAUAUUUAAUAUGGAGCCUCAUGAAGAGGUGGUUAUCUGCAAAUACUAUGAGAAGAAGUUGGUGGAUUUCUGCAAUGCUUUCAAACCUGCAAUGCCUAAAUCUGUCUUGGUAAGUAAUAGUAACUUUUUUAGGUACGUUUUU